ACGCGCGUGCUGACGUCGCCGGCGGCCGCGGCCUCUGAAGCGGGCUGGGUGUCGGGGGGCGCCGAGUUUGACUAGUUUGGGGGCUGCUCGGCGCCUGGCGCUGCUCCCGCCGCCCGCCGCGCCCCGCGCCCCGCGCCGCAGCCCGACCCAGCGCGUAUCGCCCGUUCCCGCGGGGACCCGCACUGGCGGCUGGGCGGCUCUCGGCGAAAGUCGGCCCCUGGCGGGCGGGCGGGCGGCCGCGGCCAUGGAGCCCCGCAGCAUGGAGUACUUCAGCGCCCAGGUGCAGCAGAAGGACGUCGGCGGCCGCCAGCAGGUCGGCCAGGAGCUGCUGCUCUACCUCGGCGUGCCCGGCGCCAUCCCGGACCUGGAGGAGGACCUGGGCAGCCUGGGCAAGACGAUCGACGCGCUCACCGGCUGGGUGGGCUCGAGCAACUACCGGAUAUCAUUAAUGGGAUUGGAAAUUUUAAGUGCCUUUGUGGAUAGAUUAUCAACACGAUUUAAGUCCUAUGUAGCAAUGGUUAUUGUAGCUUUAAUAGACAGAAUGGGAGAUGCCAAAGACAAGGUUCGUGAUGAAGCUCAGACUCUACUAUUGAAGUUAAUGGAUCAAGUAGCACCACCUAUGCACAUUUGGGAACAGUUGGCUUCUGGUUUUAAGCACAAGAAUUUUCGAUCUCGAGAAGGCAUGUGUCUGUGUCUUAUUGAAACCUUAAACAUUUUUGGAGCUCAACCACUAGUCCUCAGCAAGUUGGUACCACAUUUGUGUAUCCUAUUUGGAGAUUCCAAUAGUCAGGUGAGAGAUGCGGCAAUAUUGGCUAUGGUGGAGAUUUAUAGACAUGUGGGAGAGAAAGUAAGAGUGGACCUUUUUAAGAGGGGAAUUCCUCCUGCUAGAUUAGAAACUAUAUUUGCCAAAUUUGAUGAAGUGCAAAAUUCAGGCGGUAUGAUUUUGAGUGUCUGCAAAGAUAAAAGCUUUGAUGAUGAAGAAUCAGUGGAUGGAAAUAGGCCAUCAUCAGCUUCUUCAGCCUUCAAGGUUCCUGCACCUAAAACAUCCGGAAAUCCUGUCAACAGUGCAAGGAAGCCUGGUUCAGCAGGUGGCCCUAAAGUUGGAGCGAGUGCUUCUAAGGAAGGAGGUGCUGGAGCAGUUGAUGAAGAUGAUUUUAUAAAAGCCUUUACAGAUGUCCCUUCUAUUCAGAUCUAUUCUAGUCGAGAACUUGAAGAAACAUUAAAUAAAAUCAGGGAAAUUUUGUCAGAUGACAAACACGACUGGGAUCAGCGUGCCAAUGCACUUAAGAAAAUUCGAUCAUUGCUUGUUGCUGGAGCUGCACAAUAUGAUUGCUUUUUUCAACAUUUACGCUUGUUGGAUGGAGCACUUAAACUUUCAGCUAAGGACCUUAGAUCCCAGGUGGUUAGAGAAGCUUGUAUUACUGUAGCCCAUCUGUCAACAGUUUUGGGAAACAAGUUUGAUCAUGGCGCUGAAGCCAUUGUACCUACACUUUUUAAUCUCGUCCCCAAUAGUGCAAAAGUCAUGGCGACUUCCGGGUGUGCAGCAAUCAGGUUCAUCAUUCGGCAUACUCAUGUACCCAGACUUAUACCUUUAAUAACAAGCAAUUGCACAUCAAAAUCAGUUCCUGUAAGAAGGCGUUCAUUUGAAUUUUUAGAUUUAUUGUUACAAGAGUGGCAGACUCAUUCACUGGAAAGGCAUGCAGCCGUCUUGGUUGAAACUAUUAAAAAGGGAAUUCAUGAUGCUGAUGCCGAAGCCAGAGUGGAAGCAAGAAAGACAUAUAUGGGUCUUAGAAACCACUUUCCUGGUGAAGCUGAAACAUUGUAUAAUUCCCUUGAGCCAUCUUAUCAGAAGAGUCUUCAAACUUACUUAAAGAGUUCUGGCAGCGUAGCAUCUCUUCCACAGUCUGACAGGUCUUCAUCUAGCUCACAAGAAAGUCUCAAUCGCCCCUUUUCUUCUAAAUGGUCUACAGCAAACCCGUCAGCUGUGGCUGGAAGAGUAUCAGCAAGCAGCAGCAAAGCCGGUUCCCUUCCAGGAAGCCUGCAGCGGUCACGAAGUGACAUUGAUGUGAAUGCUGCUGCUGGUGCCAAGGCACAUCAUGCUGCUGGGCAGGCCAUGCGAAGUGGGCGCUUAGGUGCAGGAGCCCUGAAUCCAGGCUCCUAUGCAUCACUGGAGGAUACUUCUGACAAGAUGGAUGGAACAGCAUCUGAAGAUGGUCGGGUGAGAGCAAAGCUUUCAGCACCACUCGCUAGCAUGGGAAAUGCCAAGACAGAUUCCAGAGGAAGAAGUCGAACAAAAAUGGUGUCUCAGUCACAGCCUGGCAGCCGGUCUGGGUCUCCAGGAAGAGUUCUGACCACAACAGCCCUCUCCACUGUGAGCUCUGGUGUUCAAAGGGUUCUGGUCAAUUCAGCCUCAGCACAGAAGAGAAGCAAGAUACCCCGGAGCCAGGGCUGUAGCAGAGAAGCUAGUCCGUCGAGGCUAUCAGUGGCCCGAAGCAGUCGUAUUCCUCGCCCAAGUGUGAGUCAAGGGUGCAGCCGAGAAGCCAGUCGGGAGAGCAGCCGGGAUACAAGUCCUGUUCGCUCUUUUCAGCCCCUUGCCUCCAGACACCAUUCCAGAUCUACUGGUGCCCUCUACGCCCCUGAUGUGUGCGGGGCCUCAGGUGCAGGAUAUGGAAUCAGCCAAUCAAGUCGACUGUCGUCUUCUGUCAGUGCCAUGCGCGUCUUGAACACAGGUUCUGAUGUGGAGGAGGCCGUAGCAGAUGCCUUGCUCUUAGGAGACAUAAGGACUAAGAAAAAACCUGCUCGAAGAAGAUACGAAUCCUAUGGAAUGCAUUCAGAUGAUGAUGCCAACAGCGAUGCAUCUAGUGCUUGUUCAGAACGUUCCUAUAGUUCUCGAAAUGGUAGUAUUCCCACAUAUAUGAGGCAGACUGAAGAUGUGGCAGAAGUCCUCAAUAGAUGUGCUAGUUCCAACUGGUCAGAGAGGAAAGAAGGCCUCCUGGGUCUGCAGAACUUACUAAAAAAUCAGAGAACGCUGAGUCGAGUUGAACUGAAGAGAUUAUGUGAAAUUUUCACAAGAAUGUUUGCUGAUCCUCAUGGCAAGGUGUUCAGCAUGUUUUUGGAGACUCUAGUGGACUUCAUACAAGUCCACAAAGACGAUCUUCAAGAUUGGUUGUUUGUAUUGCUGACGCAACUACUAAAAAAAAUGGGUGCUGAUUUGCUUGGAUCUGUUCAGGCAAAAGUUCAGAAAGCCCUUGAUGUCACAAGAGAAUCUUUUCCAAAUGAUCUUCAAUUCAAUAUUCUAAUGAGAUUUACAGUUGAUCAGACUCAAACACCAAGUUUGAAGGUGAAGGUUGCUAUUCUUAAAUAUAUAGAAACUCUGGCCAAACAAAUGGACCCAGGAGAUUUUAUAAAUUCCAGUGAAACUCGCUUGGCAGUCUCUCGAUUUAUCACUUGGACAACAGAACCCAAAAGUUCUGAUGUUCGGAAGGCAGCACACUCAGUGCUGAUUUCCCUGUUUGAACUCAAUACCCCAGAGUUUACAAUGUUAUUAGGAGCUUUACCAAAAACUUUUCAGGAUGGUGCUACCAAGCUUCUUCAUAAUCACCUUCGAAACGCUGGCAAUGGAACCCAGAGUACCAUGGGGAGUCCUUUGACAAGACCAGCACCACGUUCACCAGCCAACUGGUCCAGUCCUCUUACUUCUCCUACCAAUACAUCACAGAAUACUUUAUCUCCAAGUGCAUUUGAUUAUGACACAGAAAAUAUGAACUCUGAAGAUAUUUAUAGCUCUCUUAGAGGUGUCACUGAAGCAAUUCAGAAUUUCAGCUACCGUAGUCAAGAAGAUAUGAAUGAGCCAUUGAAAAAGGAUUCUAAAAAAGAUGAUGGCGAUUCAAUGUGUGGUGGUCCAGGGAUGUCCGACCCAAGAGCAGGAGGUGAUGCCACUGACUCAAGCCAAACAGCCCUUGACAAUAAAGCCUCAUUGCUCCAUUCCAUUCCUCCUCACUCCUCUCCUCGCUCUCGAGAUUAUAAUCCAUAUAACUAUUCAGACAGCAUCAGUCCCUUCAAUAAGUCUGCCCUCAAGGAAGCUAUGUUUGAUGAUGAUGCCGACCAGUUUCCUGAUGAUCUCUCCCUAGACCAUUCUGACCUGGUUGCGGAGUUAUUGAAGGAGUUGUCUAACCAUAAUGAACGUGUAGAAGAAAGAAAAAUUGCCCUCUAUGAACUUAUGAAACUAACACAGGAAGAAUCUUUCAGUGUUUGGGAUGAACACUUCAAAACAAUAUUACUUUUACUGCUUGAAACCCUUGGGGAUAAAGAGCCUGCAAUCAGGGCUUUGGCAUUAAAGGUUUUAAAAGAAAUCCUAAGGCAUCAACCAGCAAGAUUUAAAAACUAUGCAGAACUGACUGUCAUGAAAACAUUGGAAGCACAUAAAGAUCCUCAUAAGGAGGUGGUGAGAUCAGCUGAGGAGGCUGCGUCCGUUUUGGCCACGUCAAUCAGUCCAGAGCAGUGCAUCAAAGUGCUUUGUCCCAUCAUCCAAACUGCAGAUUACCCGAUUAAUCUUGCUGCGAUCAAAAUGCAAACAAAAGUGAUAGAGAGAGUGUCCAAGGAAACUCUUAAUCUGCUUUUACCAGAGAUUAUGCCAGGCCUAAUACAGGGUUAUGAUAAUUCAGAGAGCAGUGUUCGGAAAGCUUGUGUCUUCUGCCUGGUGGCUGUUCAUGCAGUAAUUGGCGAUGAACUAAAACCACAUCUCAGUCAGCUCACUGGCAGUAAAAUGAAGCUACUGAAUCUUUACAUCAAACGUGCACAAACAGGCUCCGGAGGAGCUGAUCCCACUACUGAUGUUUCUGGGCAAAGUUAAUGAGGCUGAUCGAAGUGAACCAGGUCUCAGAAAGGACAGACAGACCACCCUCAUCAAUGAAAGGAAAUUUUCAAGUGCAUCUUUUGGAACUUACCAUUGUUUCCUAGUUUUAGUUUCUUGUUUUGUUUUGUAUUUUCUGUAACAGAGGGCUAUCCUCAGUCUGCAUGUAACUUUUAUGAUAGUUAUUCCAAAUUCAAGAAGAAGCAGUAUUAACAACAGUUGAUGAAUAUAAAGUAAUUUUAAAUCUAACUCAUCAUUUCACAUGUUUGUACUUCUUUGUCUUCCCAUUAACCUUUGCCAGUGUUAUGGUUGUAUAAAAUUUUUUUUAAUGCUGGUUAAACAGGAAUGCUUAAAGCUUUAAAAGUUGAACAGUCUAAAACAUUUUUUGCCUUUAUUCAAAUGCAGAAUAAUAUUUUUAUUGCUACUUCGAGUUUUGUUUCCUAUCAUGUCCUAUGCUAGUAAUAUUGAAAUGACGUGUGAAACAAAGCAGGACUAAUUUGAACUACAGCUGGACUCUGUUGGUGUGAUUGUGAUACAUGUCAUUAGUUAUAACUUCUUUGGGGUGGUCUGUAGUUUAAAACUAAGACCUCAAAGAGAAAUGUUACAGAAUCAGCCAGUUUUGUAAAACUGAUAUUGUUUGUUGGUUACUGAUCUUGCCAUCUUUAUUUAAAACCAUGUCCCUUCUAUGAUCCCUUAAGAAAGCUGCACCAAAUCAUCUGCCUGUUUUUGUUUAUGUUUUUCUUGAUACUUAUUAAAAUAGAAGGUUCUGUUGCAGGGUUUUUGGUUUGUUUAUCUUUGUUGUGAAUGAUACUUUUUUAUAUUUAUUAAUAUCAAAUUCACUUAUGAAUAAACUUGAUAAUGGAAACAGACAAAAAAAAUCAAGUGCAUGUGUGUCCUUCACAGUCUUCUGUUUCUCAUUUAAUAAAGUAAUUAUUGAGACAUGGGAGUCAACCAGCACCUUUUGUUGAAAUGGUGGAACCUGGUUUCCUUUUAACAUGAAAUUGUCUUACUUGAAAACAUUGAUCCUGAUGAGAGAGAAGAUGGUGCCAAGGCUAGUACCUUGAAUAAUGGGCUCAAAUUCUCUACCUCUUCAGGGAUAACUUUUAACUGAGCUGCUGCCUGUGGUGUCUUUUGGAAAAUUAUUUAAAGGGUGAUUUUCUGUUACUUUUUAAAUCACCUUUUGCUACAUCUGUUCUUUUCAUGUGCAGCCAACUUGCAAAAAUUACCAGUGUUGGUUGGUGAAAGGCAAAGUAGAUCAUUUGGAACCAGGAUAGUAAUGAUUGCUCAUACUGACUUUUUUUUAACCCUAACAAAGUGAAUUUGACUGGAAAGGCAAAUAGCUAUUAGGGAAGCAAUUUGCUGUUGUUACAGAGUUAUCUGUACUUUCUUUGUUUCAUUGAACAAAAUGUAGAAAUGUAUGUAAAGAAUUUAAGAUGAGUACUGAAUGGAUGAUUUGUCAUAGGCUUUUACCUUUGUUUCUGUUCUAGCAGCGGGAAAAGUUUCUCUAUAUCUCCUCCCCUUUACCUGUAACAGUUUUGUUUUCUACUGUUAAUUACAUUGUGUAUUUAUAGUUCUAUGCUUACUGUUGUGCAUAUACUGGCAAUAAAACUGUACAUAACAUUACUUGAAAAAAAUUAAUAUAUAUCAGUUGUUUUUCUGUCUCGCUGUGUGAUAAGUCACUUUAUCUCAUAACUAGGUUUUCAAAGAUCUUUAAAGGUCAUGUAUUAAUGAAUUUUAUAAAUGCAUCUCAGAAGAAAAGAUUUAUCAGAAGCAGCAGCCACAAUUGAAUAUAUGUAGUUAUAUAUGCACAUAUAUAUUAUAGCUUUAAGACGAAAGGACAUUUUAAACAUUGAGUGCUUCUUAGUAAUGUUUUAUGCUCCAUGACCUUUGGUAUGUUUUAUAAUCAUUUUAAUCUAAAUAUUGGUUUAAUUUUGACCUGUUCUUUAGGGUCCUGCUUAACUACUGUUGCCAAUUAAAUAGAGUGACUUAGGCUGAAUAAUAACCCUGCUUAAAAACUUAGGUCAAGCACCUGGCACCUGAAGGCUGGCGCCCAGAAAUGAAUGAACUGAGCAGUAGAAAAGUCUGGUUUAAUGGGCCAAGGUGAAAGCUAAUAUAUAAAAACAUGAAAAAGUCAUUUAAAAUUUUAUAAUUUUAGGUGAUAAGACUUUUAAAAAGUUAUUGAAUAUUCCAGUUGCUAUAUGCUAUAUACUCUCAACUGUUCAUUCUAGAAACAUUUAGAUGUAAACUAUUAAAGAAUGGUAUAAAGAGCUAAUGGUUAAAAUUUUUUCCCUGUUUUUCUCUCCUAAACUAAUUAUCAGUGUCAUUUACUACACUGCUAGAAGUAAUUAAAAGCAUAUCAUUUCAGAAUAUAA